GAGCCGCGCAGUAACCAGGGGAACUGCAAACAGUGUAUGGCCCGCUUCCGGUUCGAGUACCCGGAACCGCCGCCUAUAGGGAUGGACGGUCAGGCUCUGCAGAGGGCUGAGAGAAGCCGGUCCUGCUCACGGGAGAAGAAGGAGGGUUACACUAAGGACAUGGUGACAGACUUUGAUGAGAAACAUGAUGAGUAUUUAAUAUUGCUUCAGCAGAGGAACCGGAUAUUAAAGCAUUUGAAAACCAAGGACCCUGUGCAGUUGAGGCUGGAACACUUGGAGCAAGGGUUCUCUGUCUACGUCAAUGGGGCCAAUUCUGAGCUGAAGACGUGGCCACGCAAAGCCAUCCACUCUGACUUCUCCAGAAGUGCCUCGCACACCGAGGGGACACACGGUGUAGAUUACAGACGAAGAGCCCUGUUUAGAGAAGCUGAAGAAGCCUUAAGACGCGGCUCCCGGACAGCCCCCAGCAAAGUCCAGCGCCGAGGAUGGCACCAGAAAUCUGUGCAAAUCAGAACAGAAGCUGGCCCACGGCUCCACAUUGAGCCUCCCCUGGACUAUUCUGAAGAUUUUGAGCCAUGCGGGGAUGUGAAUAUCAAGUCAAAGAAUGCUUCUGGGGAUCAUCCACAGGAGCUGAGAAAAAGCCUGGAGCUUAGCGUAAAUCUACAAAGGAAGCAAAAGGAUUGUUCCGGUGAUGAGUAUGACUCCAUUGAAGAGGAUGUACUCUCUGAGCCCGAACCUGAGGGCCAGGCGCUGGUGGACCAUCCCAGAGAUGACCCCCUUCUUUCAAGUGGUGACUCAGUGCAGAAGGACCUUUGCAAGGACCAGGAGACAGAAGGAUGCCCUUCCCAGGGCCUAGACACCCUGGUGGUGCUGGGAUUUAACACAACUUCCAAAAGUAAUAAAAUGGAAAGGCAUUUGUCUGCUAAACGGAAGGACGAUGGUGAAGUUUUCAUUCCCAGCAAACCUGAGCCAACCCUGAAUCACCAGCCCCCAGCCAUACUCCCAGACCAGGAGAGGCCCUGCUCCAGGCCUGGAAGCCGACAAAAGAGACCCCUGUCAGCAACCCGAAAAACUGUACUCGAGGCUGAGGACAGGAAGGAAGAUGCCUCCGCUGUGCUCAGAGCCAUCCAGGUGGAGAAUGAAGCCCUGCAGAGGGCGCUUCUCCACAGAAAGGCCGAGCCUCCUGCCAGCCAGCUGCAGGAUGCAGAAGAGCCGCCCGCAAAACCACGGGUCAGUCUGCUGAAGGACAAGGAAGAGACGCUGUCCCUCGAGCUGCCUCCUAUCACCUCGGUGACCACCACGCAGGAGCCGGAGCCGGGGCCUGAGCCGUCCAGGGCAGCAGAGGGAGCCAGAGGCAUCAAUGAUGCCAGUGAUAAAACCGACCUUUUGGGAAGCAGACAGCAGCAGAAGCUUCUGAACGUCCUCCAGGCCAUCGAAAAUGACUCCACCCCCCACAGCCAGGUGGUUUCACCAGCUGAAGAGCAAGUUCUGGACCCAGAGGAUAAGUUGAGGACAAAAGCAGAAGAGAUCAAGGAUGCCAUCUACGUGACCAUGGAAAUCCUGUCCAACUGGGGCAGCGCAGCAUGGGUGGGGCUCACAGAAGUCGAGUUCUUUGACCUGAACAACACCAAGCUUUAUGUGUCGCCUCACGAUGUGGACAUCCAGAAUGCGGGCACACCUGGGGACCUGGGCCGCCUUGUCAAUAGGAACUUGGCGAGCAAGAAGGGCCUCCCUCUGUGGACAUGCCCCUUCCAGCCGCCGCUCCAGCUCUUCUUUAUUAUCCGCAACACCCAACAGCUGCGGGACUUCGGGCUAGCCAAGAUCAAGGUCUGCAAUUACUGGACAGCUGACGGCGAUCUUGACAUUGGUGCCAAGAACGUGAAGCUGUAUGUCAACAAAAACCUCGUCUUUGAUGGCAAGUUAGACAAAGGUGCUGACCAGGGCAUCUCAGUGGACCUGAAGAAUGAGAAGAAUGGGGGGAUGGAGAACGCCGUUAACACUCACUCGGAAGAGAGCAAAAAUGCCCGCAAGUUGGCCGCCACAGAUGGGGACGGAGAGCUCAGUCUCAAUCACUCGCUGCCAGCUGGAGCGUUUUUGGAUGUGAAGGUGUCUUCACAAGAAAAUUUAUUUGGUGAAAGGAUGAAUUCUACUAAUUGCACAAAGGACAAUUUGUCCAAGUUAGGGGGAGAUUUAAGAAUGUUAGCAGCCCCCGUCUUGCUGGAUGACGUUCCCAGUGACCCUCCCCACUCCUCACCUGUGAAAUGCCCUUCUCUUGACGAGGAGCUCUGUCUGAUCCAGCAAUUGGAAAACCUCACGGGCAAGAUUUCUCAGCCGCCAGGGAAAACCCCAUCCUGGUUACAGCCUUCUCCCAAAGGGAAAGGCAGGAAGCCAAAACCCCUCUGGCUUAGUCCCGAGCAGCCGCUGGACUGGAAAGGCCAGCUUCCAUCAGAGGAUGGUGUUGGUACGGGUUCUGGAGAGACUGAGGCCGCAGAUCAAGGCCCCAGGCGUGAGCAAGGGUGGAUGAGCAGCAGGAGCGUCAUCACCAGCGACAGACCCCAGAGGGUAACCCCCAGAGCCUGCAGGGACGACUUAGACAUCUUUAAGCUGCCGUCCAGCAGAGAGCGCCCUACAAGUGGCAGGAGGAGCUCCAGGAAGGAUGCCCUCAGCAGUAGUCAUGGGGAUGACCAGCCCACCAGUAGAGAAGACGCCGUGUCCACCCCGAUGCUGCCGCGGUCCCGGUGGCACAGCGAGCAGGAGCACAUGCUGCAUGAGUCAUGGAACUCCCUCAAUGCCUUCGACCGUUCCCACCGGGGGCGCAUCUCCAACAUGGAGUACCAGGGGGACAUCCUGGAUGAGUUCCUGCAGCAGCAGAGAAGCAGCCGGCAGAGCAACCUGCCACCCCCCGGGAAGGAGAAAAAGCCAGAGCUGCUGCAGGGACAGGACGACUGCUCCGUAGACACAGACGAUGGCAGUGACUUUAAAAUCCCAGUCUUGCCUUAUGGACAGCACUUGGUCAUCGACAUCAAGUCAACGUGGGGGGACCGACACUAUGUCGGCCUUAAUGGAGUAGAAAUCUUCACUUCCAAGGGGGAGCUGGUGCAAAUCCUGAACAUUAAAGCAGACCCCCCUGACAUCAACAUCUUACCAGCAUAUGGGAAAGACCCCCGUGUGGUCACCAACCUCAUCGACGGGGUGAACAGGACCCAGGACGACAUGCACGUCUGGCUGGCACCCUUCACACCGGGCAAGUCCCACUCCAUUGCCAUUGACUUCAUGCACCCUUGCCAAGUCGCCCUGAUCAGGAUUUGGAAUUACAAUAAAUCACGGAUACAUUCCUUCCGUGGCGUGAAAGAUAUCUUGAUGCUGCUAGACACUCAGUGCAUCUUUAAAGGAGAAAUCGCGAAGGCCUCAGGAACCCUGACGGGAGCCCCAGAGCACUUUGGAGACACGAUCUUGUUCACAACUGACGACGACAUUCUCGAGGCCAUCUUCUGCUCUGAUGGGACAUUCGACGUGGACGUGGAGAGCCUCUGCAGCCUGCAGCACGAGGAGGCCCUGAGGAGGCCGAGCACAGCUGACGGCGAGGGCGACGCCAGGCCCUUCACCCAGGCCGGCCUGUGGGCUGACGACCCCGUCCCGGAGCCAGAGCUGUCGUCCAGUACCCCCAUCCCUGAAGUCACCACGCCAGAGCCAGGCGUCUACCACGGGCUCUGCCUUCAGCUUAAUUUCACUGCCUCCUGGGGGGACCUGCACUACUUGGGGCUCACAGGCCUGGAGGUAGUGGGCAAGGACGGCCAGGCACUGCCUAUUGGCCUGCACCAGAUCUCCGCCUCCCCUAGAGACCUGAAUGACCUCCCCGAGUACACUGAUGACUCGCGGACCCUGGAUAAGUUAAUCGAUGGAGCCAACAUCACAAUGGAGGAUGAGCAUAUGUGGCUGAUCCCCUUCUCGCCAGGGCUGGACCACAUGGUCACGAUCCGCUUCGACAGACCUGAAAGUAUCACAGGCCUGCGCUUCUGGAACUACAAUAAAUCUCCCGAGGACACCUAUCGAGGGGCCAAAAUCGUCCACGUCUCCCUGGACGGCUUGUGCGUCUCCCCCGCAGAGGGCUUCCUCAUCCGGAAGGGGCCGGGGAACUGUCACUUUGAUUUUGCUCAAGAAAUCCUCUUUGUGGACUACCUGCAGCCGCGCCUGCUGCCCCAGCCGGCCAGGAGGCUCCACAUGAAGAGCCGGGAGCACGCGAGCAUGGACUACGAGGCACCGCUGAUGCCGUGCGGCUUCAUUUUCCAGUUUCAGCUCCUGACCAGCUGGGGCGACCCCUAUUACAUCGGUCUGACUGGCCUGGAGCUGUAUGACGAGCGAGGAGAAAAAAUUCCUCUGUCAGAAAACAAUAUCGCAGCCUUCCCGGACAGCGUGAACUCCCUGGAGGGCGUAUGUGGGGACGUCCGGACCCCUGACAAACUCAUCGACCAAGUGAACAACACCAGCGAUGGCAGGCACAUGUGGCUGGCUCCCAUCCUGCCGGGCCUGGUGAAUCGGGUUUAUGUGAUUUUCGAUCUGCCUACCACCGUGUCAAUGAUCAAGCUAUGGAAUUAUGCAAAAACACCCCACCGAGGGGUGAAGGAGUUUGGCCUCCUGGUGGAUGACUUGCUGGUGUACAAUGGGAUCCUGGCCAUGGUGAGCCACCUGGUGGGGGGCAUCCUGCCCACGUGCGAGCCCACAGUGCCCUACCACACCAUCCUCUUCACCGAGGACACAGAGAUCUGUCACCAGGAGAAGCACACCACCAUCAGUAGCCAGGUGGAGGAUCAGGACAUCCAGAUGUUGAACGAGAGCCAGAUUGUUACCAACUCCAAGCGGAAACAGAGUGCCAUUGACCCAGCCUUACGCCCCAAAACCUGCAUAAGCGAGGAGCCGGCGAGACGGUGGCGGUACUGACUAAGGGAGAGCGGCUGACCAGCCAGCAG